AGAAACUCAAACGGAGAAACACGUGGAACAAUAUACACAUUCAAGGUGGCACUAAAACGUUGCGUUUAGACUCGUCUUCCUUACUGAGCGAGUGUGGAUCUAGCGAACUAGAAGAAGAUGCAGUGGUACUUGGUCGCUACGCUUCUCACCGUUCUCACCAGUUCUCAGGGAAUACUAACAACCCUAUCGCAAACUAAUGGAACGUAUAAGUAUGAUUAUGCAACUGUGCCAUUUCUAGCUGAGGUUUUUAAGCUUGCUGUGUCAAGUUUGUUACUUUGGAAGGAAUGUCAAAAAUCACCUCUUCCAAAGAUGACAACGGAGUGGAAAACAGUUUCUUUGUAUCCAAUUCCUUCUGUUAUAUAUCUCAUUCAUAAUAAUGUUCAGUUUGCUACUCUCACAUUUGUCGACACUUCCACUUAUCAGAUAAUGGGUAAUUUGAAGAUUGUUACCACUGGGAUAUUAUUCAGGCUUUUCUUAGGGAGGAAGCUUUCCAACUUGCAGUGGAUUGCCAUUAUGCUGUUGGCCGUUGGAACAACCACAAGUCAGGUCAAGGGCUGUGGAGAGGCUUCCUGUGACUCCCUAUUCUCAGCACCAAUUCAGGGUUACAUGUUAGGAGUUCUAUCUGCUUGUCUCUCAGCAUUAGCUGGAAUUUAUACAGAGUUUUUGAUGAAGAAAAACAACGACACCUUAUACUGGCAGAAUAUACAGUUGUACACGUUUGGUUCAAUUUUCAAUUUGGCAAAGCUUAUUGUGGAUGAUUUCAGAGGUGGCUUUGAAAAUGGGCCCUGGUGGCAUCGCAUUUUUAAUGGAUACACAGUCACCACUUGGUUGGUAGUAUUAAAUCUAGGGUCUACCGGUCUUUUGGUUUCAUGGUUAAUGAAACAUGCUGAUAAUAUUGUUAAGGUCUAUUCAACAUCCAUGGCAAUGCUGCUUACAAUGAUUCUAUCAACAUUCCUCUUCAGUUUCAAACCUACAUUGCAGCUAUUCUUGGGAAUUAUUAUUUGUAUGAUGUCUUUACACAUGUAUUUUGCCCCACCAAAUAUGCUCUUAGAUAUGCCAUUAACAGUUAAACCUGAUGAAGAAGAGAGGCUCAUUGAAGUUUCUGUUGAUCGGAGAACACAUUCAUGAUGUAUAUUGACAUCUGAAUACAAUGUUUUGAUCCAUACAAAGAUAAUCCCAUUGAGUAUGAGAGAAUUAGAAAAGGGGAAGGGUAGUGCAUAAUUAUCUUGCAUCCAUUAUUCUGAAUGGAGUAUGUAUCACUAUCAAAAAGAUAUUUCUGUUUUUAUUCCGGGUACAUAACAGAAUGCAACAGUUCAGUUUAAAGAUAUUGGUAUUGAGCUUUCUGCAUUAAAAUUAUUGAGACUGUAUUUUAGAGGAAUGCUCAUUACACCCUUAAAUGUGCAUUCCACACCUCUAAAAAUUCGAAAAUGCCCCUCAAAUGUCAUAGAUGCAUCUCAAGACGCACCCAAAAUCACACCAGACUUCGUUUUUUCUGAGAUCCACCCCAUAUUGAACAAAAUAUGGUCCGGAGAUGCAUCUCCGUAUAUUAUUUGGGUGUAUUCGGAGAUGUAUCUCCGAAAUGUUCACUGAAGUCCUUUAAAGGCAUUGGAAGCGUGUUAAUGGCAAGGGGGGUUGUUUUCAGAGAUGCAUCUUCGAGAACCCCCCUGAAUCAUUUCAGAGCAGUACCAUUUCAUCUGAAAAUGACUAAAACUAGGUGCGUCCGGAGAUGCUUAUCCGGACACUAAGGGCAUCGCAUUUGUGAAUUUUCACAGUGGUGGGGAGUACAUAUAAGGGUGGAAAGAGUAACCCUUGUAUUUGAUAUGUAUGUUUCGAUGUAUAGGAUGAAAUUGCAGCUAGUACGUUUUUUACUAUUCCUGUUAAUUCACCUGUAAGCAAGCCAUUGACAGUUUUGGUUUUCAAUAGAUGGCCUAUUAAAGUA